CCUGCCGUUAGGCGGGCCCCCGAUCCCGGCGCCACCGUUAGCCGGAGCCUCGGGCUCGCUCGGACGCCUCGAGCCCCAACAAUCGCUUUGAAAGGAAUGGAAUGUGGAAGGUGCCCGCGUGCUCUUCCCGGCAUCCUCCUGGGCCCGCACGAUGCCAGGUGGAAGCGGAGGCUCUAUCCCUGUCUGAUCAAUCCGUCAGUGCCCGGCUCCGAGAGGCUCCCACCGCUCCUUCAUCCAUCACAGCCUGCCCCUUUCCCUCCACGGGUGUGUGCCCCAGAAACAAAGAUAAAGUCUGCUUCUGGAUCAACAAUGUGCCAACAGCCAUAUCGCCACACAACUUUACCCCAGACAUUGCAACCUCUUGCUAUUGAGCCUCUACUCUUAAAGCAACCCCAGAAUCUUCAGUCUACCUCAUCUGCAGUGAUGCCACGAUCCUCUCAGUUGUUACCUGCACAGAUGUUUAAACCGUCUCAAUCAGAGCUUGUUCUGUUAUCACAAGAGAAAGUACCUUCCUUUGAUGCACACCAAGACCCUGUUUUAGCAGAUCUCUGUAGACCACUACUUUGUAAAUUAUGCAAUGUAUCCCUGAAUUCAACACAGCAAGCACAGGCACAUUAUCAGGGCAAAAACCACUCAAAGAAACUUCGUAAUUAUUAUGCUGGGCAUCAGUGUGUGGCUACUCCCAAACUGACUCAUUUUGUAGAUCAACCAGGCACACAACUUCUCACACCAGCAUCCCAGUCAGGAUCCUCCAAGACGGGAGGUCGUGUGAUACUGGCCACUGCAAACGAUUACUGCAAACUCUGCGAUGCUUCUUUUAGCUCCCCAGCUGUGGCACAGGCACAUUAUCAAGGAAAGAACCAUGCCAAGAGACUGCGGCUAGCAGAGGCUCAGAAAUCCAAUUCAUUUUUAGAGGCAACAGAGCUCACAAAGAGAAGACCAAGGAAAGAAGGGAAUGAAUUUAAAAUUGUGCCAAAUCGUCGCAAUCUACAUGGAGUUCAAAACACACUAGGUCCUUACUCUAAUCCACGCUCCCGACAGCGGAUUCCACGUGACUUAGCAAUGUGUGUGACACCAAGUGGACAGUUCUACUGUUCCAUGUGUAAUAUUGGUGCCAGUGAGGAACAAGAAUUUCGGCUUCAUCUUGAAAGCAAAUUGCAUAAGAGCAAGGUGUCAGAGCAACGAUAUCGCAAUGAGAUGGAAAAUCUUGGCUAUGCAUGAAGCCUUGGAAAUAAAUGCAUCUUGAAACUUUGAAAUGGUUAUAAUUGUUGAUGAUACAUUCACAAUUUCUGUAUAGAAAACUUAAAGACUUGAUCAUUAAGAAAAAAAUCAUAGAAUCCAUUUUUUAAUUGUACAGAAGUUUGCUGUUUAAUGUCAAAAUGUACUUUGAAUUCUCUUCACAUUUUAAUUUAAUGUUUAAUGCUAAUUUGUGUCUAGAAAACCUCCAUCUGUUGCUAAGAUUUAUCCCUUAAAGGGAUGUUUGUGAAACUGGUUACAUGCUGCUUCUGCAGAUGGUUGGUAGCAUUUAAGCGAUGUAAUAUUUGUUUUUCUCAUGGAAUAUUUUCUAACAAAAUGUUCAGCUUUCUUGGAAUUUUAAUGUAAUUUUAAACAGUCUCUUUAAUAUUCAAUUUCCUUUUGAUUUACAGUCUAUAAUGAUCAUCUGCAGUUAAUUCAAAAGGUGAUAUACAAAUAAAUGUUCAACACUGAAUCAUUCAUCUAUUGUUGAAUGAUUUUUGUAUAGACAGUUUCACCAUUAGUCUCCCUGUGGAAAAAAUAGAUACAAAAGUACAAUAAUAUGUUAAUACAUGUUGUUUCAGUUUCUUUAAUUCAUUUUUAAAAAUUUUGUUUGAAAUGUGUUAAUGACACUAUUGUGGAGCAAUGCAAACUUAGAGUUGAUAAGCUUGAUGAUAUGUUGAUAAAUUAACAAAAUUAAAGCAUCCUUGAAUUUAUGUUAUUAUAUUAACAUAAAAUGUAUAUAAUUGAGCUUUUUCACAAUUGGACUCAGUAAUUUAGCCACCAGUUGCAUUAUUUGCAUGCAUACACGACCAAAUGGUCUGCAUCAGAAAAAUUAAAGAAUGUUGCUGUUGUUCUUGUGAACCUUGAAACCAUUUGGUAUUUUUUAAAAGGAUCUUAAUGAUAAUAUGCUCCCUUUAAGACUGAUUUCACUGUACCAUAUCUGACAAAAAUAAUGCACUGAAGGCUAACUUUAAAAAUAAAUAAUGAAGGCCAAAAUUAUGAAAAAGUUAUGUAUGCUAUCCUUUAGCAAGCUAGUCAGUUUAAAUCUCUGCAUUUAGUGGAUAAAAUCCUUUCCAAACCUGAGAUAAAUGACUGAGUUUGUGUCAGAGUUUGAGAAAGGUAAGUUUGUGAAUUAUAUUACGGAGAAUAAACCUAGUAAAGCUAAGAUAAGUAAUAAUGAGUGAAAUUGUCAAUUGUGUGACAUAUGCUGCAAAAUUUACAUUUUAUUGAUGAAAAGAAGUUAUUUUCCUUAAGCAACCUUUUUAUAUUCUGACCUUUACCCCCCUUGCACCAGCUACAAAAAAAAUUUCCAACUUUUAAUAAAAUUAACCAUCAUGCAUGAAUGUUCCUUCUCAAAUUAUAAUUCACUUGCUUUCACAAUUAUUGACACUGUAUUUUUUUUUAUAGAAAAAAAUAGUCAAAAUUGUUUCAGUCGCCAUACCAUGGCAUACAUAUAUAUUUUUCCUCAGGUUAAAUUGUGUUAAGUUUUCCAAUCAUUGUUAUAUUUUUCUCUAUGUGAAAGUUAGUCUGUUUUAAUGCCUUAAAAUUUAAAAGAUAAUCAGAUUGAGCCUUAGAUAAUGAUGUUGAUAUGAAAAAAUUACAUUUAUAAAUCAAUUUGUGUCCAGUACAUAAGUGUCAUUAUUUGGACUGUGGGUUGUAGCCAGUGAUACAAUCUGCCAGCUAACAUUUCCAUUUCAAACAUGGAUUCACUUCUGGUCUUAACUUUUAAUAUUCUGCCUCAUUAAUAAUUUAAGUUCAACAUGAACAGUUACAAAAUACCACACAGAAAGGACUCAAAAAUAAAUUUGAACAUCAGUGACAUUUUGAAGACAGUUUGAUUUAUAAGAUAUGUAUAUUUCACAAAAAGCAUUUUUUCAUAGUUUUUUACCACACUAAAUCACAAAAGUAAAAAUGUGAAUUUAGAAGAACAAAAUAAAACCAUAAAUGCUGGACAUUGAAGACCAAGCAGCAACUGUGGACAGAGAAACAUAAUUAACCUUUCAUCAAAACUGGAAAUAUUUAAAGAUUUACAAUCCUGAACAACUCCUAAAUCACCCCCAACAGACUUUCCUCUUUAUAAUGUCACUGGUCCAUGUACGUGCUGUUGACAUCUCUCCUGUGCCAUUCUCCCCACUGUCCAUGCCACCCAAUACUUGGUAAACCACCAAAACAGCAAGUUCACUUGUGUUACUGCUCACAAACAGGCAUCGUCAACAUUUGGGAAAUCAAAUGCAAAUUGGAUGACUGCUUUGCAGAACAUAUCUGUUCACAAGCUUCUUGUCACCUGCCAUUUUAAUACUUUGUCCCACCAUGGGACUGACUGUUGCUCCCUUGCUGUCCCAGUGAAUCGAUGUAAGCUUGAGAAUAUCACCUACUCCACAAUUAGGCAGUUUAUAGUUUCCUGAUUUUAACAUUGAACUCAACAAAUAAAUAGACAUAUACAGUAUUGAAACAGGCUCUUCAGCCUAACUUGUCCAUUCCGACCAGGCUUUCUAAACAGCACCAGUCCAUUUACCUGCAUUUGGCCCAUAUCCCUCUAAAUCUGUCCAAAUGUCUUUUAAAGGUUGUAAUUAUACCCACCUCUACCACUUCCUAUGGCAGCUCGUUCCAUAUAUGCACCACCUGCUUCAUGAAAAAGUUGCCCCUAAGUCUCUUUUAAAUCUUUCCCCUUUCACCUUAAACCUACACCCUCUAGUUUUGGACUCCACUACCCUUGGGAAAUGACCUUGGCUAUUCAGCUUAUCUAGGCCCCUUGUGAUUUGAUAAACUCUAAUAUUUUCACCCCUAAGCCUCCUAUGCUCCAGGAAAAAAAGUCCAACAUAUCCAGCCUCUCCUUAUAACUACUACCUCUGCCCUAUUUUGUUUUCUUUUGGAUGACAAAAUAAUUCUACUGUUUCCCAUUCACACCUCGUCUAGACCAAUCUUUUGUUUCUUGUUCAGUUGUCAUUUUCUAUUGCCUUGCAUCAUCAUCUCCUUUAUCAUUUAAUCUCCUGCUUUUCAUGUGUCAGAGAUGUUCCUUUUCAUUCCUACACUCCCUCUUUGUGCUUAAAAUCUGUUAAAAUCUGUUUUUCCAGUUCUGACAAGAGGUCAUUGAUCUGAAGUAUAAACUGUGUGUCUUUCUCUACACAUACUACCUGAUCUUCAGAGUAUUUACAACACUUCCUGUUUUAUUUUCAAACUUCUAGCAUUUGCAGUAUUUUUCUUUUGUCAGAAUGAGUUGUUGAA